AGCAGAGGAGCGCAUUUUAGAAACCCUUUUACGCGAACGCAGCGUUGUUUGUUUACAUCAGCUGAGCGGCGCCACACGGGACGCUGCGAAGGGUGCUAUAAAGAAGUAACAACGACGAUCAGUAAUUACCAAAAAUGUUAUCACAGACUUGGAGGCAUUUUAUUACUACUUCCUUGAACAAAGGUCUGCUUUGUAAUGGUGCUGUCAGUUCUCUUGGGUAUCAUAUCCGAGGGAAGAAGAGAAAGGUUCCUAAACCCCUAGAUCCCCAUCAUGCAGAUGAACUGCCAGAAGUUGAAUAUGUUGGUACAAGGAGCCAACCUGAUAAGCUAGUGUACACAUGGGGAGUGGCAAACCACGGAGCACUGGGUAGGCCAUCCUUUAUUCGUCCAGACAAGGAAAAACGUCAAUAUCGCCUUCAGUUUAUGCAGCAUCCACAUAGACUUGCAUUUGGAGAGUAUCACAAGGUCACAGAUUUAACAUGUGGUUAUGGAUUCACUGUUUUUGCCGUCAAUAAAACUCCAGAGGCUUCUUGUUUUGGAACAGGUCUCAAUACUGAUUCCCAAGUAGGUGGCCAUCAGCCGAGACGAGAUCACCCUCUGGGAAUGUUAAUAUCCCCUGCACCAAUUGAGGUCCCAGUAAGCAAAACCACUAAUGUCAUCAAGGUUGCAGCUGGUAGAGCUCACACUGUCAUGGUGACGGAUAAGGAAGGUGUCUGGACAGUAGGAAAUAAUGCAUAUGGACAGUGUGGCAGAUCUAUUAUUACUGAUGAGGAUUAUGGAAAGCAAACAAUUUACAACAGGAUAAGAAUACUAGAUCAGCUGGACAUAGCACAAGUGGAGUGUGGUCAGGAUACUAGUUUCUUUUUGACUAAAGAUGGAGUGGUUUAUUCCUGUGGCUGGGGAGCAGAUGGUCAAACAGGUCGAGGCCAUUAUGAUAAUGAGCCACAUGUGGGCCCAGUUAUUGGUGAUAUUGAAGGAGAGAAGGUGGUGAAAGUAUCCUGUAGAGCUGAUUGUGUCUUGGCUGUAAAUGAUAAAGGAGAGGUGUUCGGUUGGGGAAACUCUGAGUACCAGCAACUUAAUUCAGUGACCAAUGAAAUGCAGAUACAUACCUCUAGAAAGUUGAAGUUACCCGGUGUUGGGAAGGUGGUGGAUGUGGCAGCUUCAGGAACUAUGUGUUUAUUAUUGAAUGAGGAUGGACAGGUGUUCAGUUGGGGUUUUGGGCCUAUUGGUAAGGGACCAGAAGUAACUUAUUCAAAGACUCCAACCCAUAUACCUAGUACUUUAUUUGGGAAGAAUGAAUUAACUCCAGAUGCAAAAGUGGUUAGUGUAACCUGUGGUAUCAACAUACUAGCAGCAAUAAACAGCCAUGGAUGUCUGUUUACAUGGGGCAAGAAUCCUGGAGGAUGCUUAGGCUUAGGACACAUUAAGGAUCAGUAUUUUCCUGUGCGGGUUGCUAUUGCUGGUGAAGUUCUGAAAGUUAGCUGUGGUGUUGAUCAUAUGGCUGCUCUUGUUCGAGAAAUUAUUUAGUGUUGUACAUACUUUUUUGUUAUAUAGUUUUUUUCUUGUUAUUGUAAAUAAAAACAAAUGAAAAAAUAUCAUUUAGUCUUCCAAGGAUGCUGCCUGCAAAUACAAUCACACAGAAAAAAUGCAAAGAAAAUCUAUUAUUGUUCCUUUGAAUAUCUUUCACUAUUUAUGAAAUCAUUAAAUUAAAUUUUAAUCAUGUUAUAGCUGUUCUCCCUUUUUCAUAUGUACAGUAGUUACUCCAUAAUUAGACCUGUGAAAAAUAUUAUAUGGUACAUUCCUAUCUAAUCCCAGCUUUGCCACAAUUUGUUUUCUUUUUUUACUUUAUGUGUGGUGAUUUAAAGUGACUUAAUACCAAGAUCUUGGACCUACAGGGGGAUGUAGGGGGUGGGGGCAAUAAAAAGUAUAAAUCUUGUGUUUCAAGCAUGACCAAAUACACAUAUAUUGCAUACUACAAUAAACUGGUAACUGCAAGUCAAGGCCAUUUUUAAGUUUUUUCAACAAUCUGUUUCCUCACUGUCUUUACACCAAUAGAUAUAAAUCUAAAAUUGGCUGCUUGGUUAUAAAGUUUGCAAAGUGAUUGCAAGAAAGAUUUAAUUAUUUUGCAAUGUUGAUUUCUUGUUUGUAACUCUAGUAUGUUACAUAAAAAUACAUCAGAUUAGCAAUGCAGUACAACUUAUUGCAUGACUUUUGCUUUGCAUGAAAAAAAAUACUGAUAGGAAUAAAUCAAUGAAAAGGAUAAAAAGGUUGACCUGGUAGAAUUGGCAACUGACUUUAUUGAUAAGCACUUGUAAAGCCAUCUAUGUGUAAACAAAAACAUUAAGAAAAAAUUAAAUUGGACUUGGCAUAUCUGUCCCUAAAAUUUUAGGGAUGCUAUGAGGAAUUUAUUGAUUUGAGGAAAAAAAGUAGUGAGAGGAGACACUGGCACAGUUUUAAU